CACUAAUUAACAAAAAAACUGACAUUACUAAGAAGUUUUUUUUCCAUUGGAGCAAAUAUUACCAAAAAGAGAAUAUUAGUUAAAUACUUUUUAUCUGAAUCUGCAACAGAUUCAAAAAGAUUAUGUUUUAGUACUACUACGUAGGAUAGCAAGACAUACCCAAACAGCAGCCAAUCCAGAAAAUAUAGACAGAUAUCUUGUGAGCAGAAAAAAGGGGAAAAGUGUGUGACACAAGAAUGUGAAAACGACCAAUAGAGAUAAGGAAAAUAAUAAUGGCCACAUAAAUAACAUUAUAAGUGGUUGGUUAGUGGAUAGAUUCCAAACGAGGAGGACGGUUUUUUUUUACUUUCAAUAAGAACUGAAGCGACUUUGAAACGAGAAACAUCUGAUCGAUAAAAGUAAGUUUCAUCACUGGUGCAAUCAUGUCUUCGGCCGUGGACAUACAAAUAGUUUCGGCUCCGAAUUUAGCUAAGAUAGAGAGUUAUCUUAAAGAUGCCUCCUAUCGAGAAACCAUCGAAUAUAGUGCAAAUUUCAACACACGUUUAUGUAUUGAACGACGACUGCGUUUGCCGUUUCUGGACCCCCAGACUGGAGUGGCACAAAAUCAUUCACAUUUGUUUGUGGACAAAAGGCAACGCAUGCCGGGAUUUAGAGAGGGUCAGCUCUAUACGUAUCCAGCGGCUAGAUGGCGUAAAAGUCGUAGACAAUAUUUGAACAAAAUGUACAAAUUUCCAGACCGCCCUUUUCAGGCACUGCGUAAAGAUCAUGAAGCUUUGGUGGCCAGCACAGCAACAUCGGGUAGUGGGGGUACAGCAUCGCCCACAGUUACCUCGGUUGUCACAAAUGAUCCCGAAUUUAAUAGCUCUUUAUUGGAGGAAUCAUCAUCCCUAGGUGCUGCUGGUGGGGAUACAUCGGACAGUAAGGAUAGUCAACAGCAAGUGGCACAGCAACUCAAGGAGGACCUGCCUAAAGAGUGGUUUUAUGAUGAGAUGGAUAUGCAUGAUAAUGACUCGUUAGAGGAGCCUAAAUCACCUGCCGAUGAUGAAUACGAUUAUGAUCCUCGUUACGGGACAAAGAAGCGAAGAAAGCGUAAGCCGGGUAAAAAACCUUCCCUUACACCGGGUGAAAGUCCUGGUCCUGGUCGACGACGAGGCGGUGCCGGUCGUGGACGGUCUGUGGCAGCCGCAGCAGCUGCUGCAGCAUCCCUUGGUGAUAGCUCAAUGUCAGGUUUAGACUCGGUCGACGGCAUGAGUGCCACUGACACAGCGACGACAGCAGCCAGUCCUGCAACUCCGGCGCCCGGAAGACGUCCCCGCGGUACCGGUACUCGUGGUAGGCGUCGUACUAAAAACCAAAAUGCAAAUAACGGUUUACUUAGUUCGGGACAUAAUGCUGAACCUCCGUCUUUUGAGUCUGUGGCUGCAGCUGUGGGCGUUUUAGGUGAUUUGCCAGCCGUUGUGGAUGAGCACAAUGCAGAUUUACGCAAUUAUCGGAAAUAUUUGUAAGUGUUUUCAUCCGACCUCUUUCGCGAUUUCUUUUUUUUU